GAUAUCGAUGAAUCCGGGCUGGCCUAUGUCGUGCCGUUCGACCGGCGGCUGGUCAUGGAUGUCCAUGUGCCCCGCCAGGAAGCCGCGACCGCCGCGCCGGGUGACAUGGUCGAGAUUGAGCUGACGCGCUGGCCGACCGCCACACGCAACCCGGUUGGCCGCGUCACCGACGUGCUCGGCGACAUCGAAGCGCCGGGCGUCGACACGCGGCUGAUUAUCCGCAAGCAUCAGCUGCCGGAGGAGCACGGGCCGGCGGCGCUGGCCGAGGCCGAGCGCGCCGGCAACCGGGUCCGGCCGCGCGAGCGGCAGGGACGCCAGGAUUUCCGGCGCUGGCCGACGGUGACCAUCGACGGUGACACGGCCCGGGAUUUCGACGACGCCGUCACGAUCGAACGGCUGCCGAACGGGAACUACUGGCUGGGGGUGCACAUCGCGGACGUCGCCCACUACGUGCAGGAGGGGAGCGCGCUCGACGCUGCGGCGUUCCAACGCGGAACCUCCGUCUAUUUUCCAGACCGCGCCAUUCACAUGUUUCCGGAGGCGCUCGCGACCGGCCUGUGCAGCCUCAGGCCGCAGGUCGACCGGCUCGUGCAGUCGUGUCUGAUGGAAAUUGACGGGAACGGCGCAGUGCGGCGCUACGAGCUGCACGAUGGCGUGAUCCAUAGCGACGCCCGCAUGACGUACACCGAGGUCAACGCCAUCCUCACCGGCAAGGAUGCUGCCGCGCGCAAGAAGUACGGACGGUUGGUUCCACGCUUCGAAUUGAUGGCCGAGCUGUUCGAGGCGCUGAACGGCCGGCGGCGGGCACGUGGCUCGGUCGAUUUCGACCUUCCCGAAGCCGAGUUUCUGAUGGACGACCAGGGCCGCGUGAGCGAUCGUAGCCACGGAGCGGAACCUGGCGCACCGCUUGAUUGA